CUUGCCUCUUAAUUUAUUCCCUUCCAACACCAAUCUUGAUUUCACUUUUUUUAACUGUAGUGUGUUACACAUGUGAGUGAGUGAGUGAGUGAAAAAACAAAGCUAGAGAUAUUACUGUUUUGAGAUGCUCUUUUAUAGAAGGGCCAUAUAUAAAGGGUAAGAGUAGUACUAGUGGGAGCUUCCUCAUUCACAAUAAUGAUCACUCUUCAUUGAAUGAAGGAGAGAGCCUCUCUACAUCAUAAAUAACAUAGAGAAAAGAGAGUGAGAGUCUCUUUCAUUAAAGUAUUCUUAUCGCAUGUCAUAAGAAGAAAACGAAAGAAGAAGAGACAUGGGUGGAUGCACAAGCAAGCAAGUGAGAAGAAGAAGUAUGAGAAGUACUAUGAAGGAGGCAUCAAAAGAGAAAAGCAGAGGAAGAAGAGCCAUGAUUAAAGAGAGAGAAGAGAGAGAGAAGUUGUUGUUUGCUCAGCUUAAAGAAGCGGAGAGAGAGUGGAGGAAAGAGAGGAAGAAGCUGAGAGAUGAAGUGAGGAGACUAAGGAAGAAGCUUGAAGAGAGAGAGGAAGCAAAGACAACAACAACAGAGGAAAGAGAGUACUGGAAAUGGGUAGUUGAGGAGAUGUGUGUAGAGAGAGCAGUGAGAGAUGAAGCCGUUGAGAAAUGGAAACAACUCUAUUUAGCUAUCAAGAAUGAGCUUGAUCAUCUCAUCAUCCACACUACUUCUUCCUCUGGAGAAGCAAUCAUGCAAAUGAAGCUUGAGGAACAAGAAGAAGAAGAAACAGAAGCAAAGACAGUUGAAGAACUGAGAAGUGAAGUAAGAGUUAAAGAAGAGACAAUUGAGACACUAAACGAAAAAAUAAGUUUGAUGGAUAGACAAAAGUAUGAGAAAGAAAGAGAGAUUGACUUAUUGAGACAGAGUUUAAGGAUUCUUGGAAGCAUAAAGAAGAAGAAGACAGGAUCGUUAGCAUCCAUGAAUCAUCUGAUAUUGAAAACCAAAUGUGUCGAAUGUACAUAAUAGUCAAAUUAGUCUUCUGCAACAGUCAUAUCACUGCUCGUCAGAGAAUCUUGAUCCAUACAAUGUUUAUUUUAUCUU